AUGGUGAAGUCAAAGAUCCUUGCUCGUCGACAGUGGAAUCAUGAAAAUCAACCCCAUGUAAAACUGCCAGGAGAAACUAGCGGUGGCCAGCUCACGCGUCCAGGGUGUGGAAGGCCAAAAGUGCCAAUUUUUUGGUUCAGGCUCUGUAACUUUGUUACCAUACCACCAUUAUGUCAAGAGAGUGGAAAAUGUAUCUGUGACACAGAGAGGAAAGUGCCACACAUGUCUCAUCCAAUGGCUUCAUCUAUAACUCCUCGGUACUCCUAUCCAGCUGGCUCUCAUAUCACGCUGUGUCUCACAGAUGGAACAUCACUAUCUCUCCAAGUCAACAAGCCAUUCCUCCCAUUCACCAAAUCCCAAGUCUACCUCGCCAGCCCCUCUGAACCUAGUACUCACAAUCUCCCUACCCAAAUAAUUCUUAAAAUAUUUUACCCCCAAACUGUUGACAACCGAUUUCCACCCCUUCAAACCAUGCUACCUGCCCACCCAUGGCCCCUCGAUGCCAAAGCUGCCGCAGUGCAGUAUCGCGAGGACAUAGUGCAGGGAAAAUGUCUGGAUGACUUUAUGGUGGGCCUUUUAUAUGGAGAACAAGAGGCAGAGGUGUAUCUCUGGGAAGAGCAUUUUUAUCGCCUGUUGAAAGAAUCGUAUGAGUCUGAGGUGGGCGCUCUUGCUCGGUUGGAGUCAUUGCAGGGAACGGUGGUUCCCAAUGUUUUUGGCAUGGGGAGCAUCAUACUCCUGCCCAACACACGUGCCAUUCAACCACUUGGUGUACUCAUAGAAUAUGUUCCUGGCAUACUGUUAUCCAAGGUUAAGCCCGGUAGUGGUGUGAACAUCCCUUUCGAGAUUGUGCAUCCCCUGAUUGAUGCCAUGAAGAAAUUCAAGGACAUAGGGGUGAGGGAUGAGGGGUGCGGGGAUGAGGAUUGGGAAAUGAACUAUUUGAGGCUGUCUAGAGGGAUCGCUUAUGAUUAA